AUGUCGUCGACCAUCGACUCCAUCGACAUCCAUUGCCCAUUCGAUGCACAUCUCCAUCUUCGGCAACCGGGCCAAUUACUCGAAUUAGUGGUCACUCAAAUCACCACCGGAGGAAUUCAAUCGGCUUAUGUGAUGCCAAACACCGUCCCUCCAAUAACUAGUCUAGAAAUGGCUGUCAGUUACCGACAGACUUUGGAAUCACUCGAACCUUCCGUUCAGUUCUUCCUUUCUCUCUAUCUGUCACCCUCCCUCACUCCUGAAGAUAUUCGUCAAGCCAAGUCCUCCGGUGUCACAGGCGUCAAAAGCUAUCCUCGUGGAGUGACCACCAAUUCGACCGAUGGUGUCGAAUCAUACGAGAUUUAUUAUCCGGUUUUCGAAGCGAUGGAAGAGGAAGAUCUGGUAUUGAAUUUACAUGGAGAAGUCCCAUCCAGUGAGACCGGCGAUACUUGCGUCUGGAACGCCGAGUCGAAAUUCUUACCCAAAUUACUCGAAAUCCAUCGUCGAUUUCCAAAGCUUAGAAUAAUCUUAGAACAUGCAACGACCAGGGAAGCAAUAGAAACUGUUAAAGCUUGUGGACCGACGGUGGCUUGUACAAUCACCUUACAUCAUCUCUCUUUGACUAUCGAUGAUUGGGCAGGUAAUGGACUCAAUUAUUGUAAACCUGUGGCGAAGUCACCGGAUGAUCGUGAAGCAUUAAGACAAGUGAUUCGUGAAGGUCAUCCACGAUUUUUUCUCGGAUCAGAUUCAGCGCCACAUCCGUUAGAUCGAAAGUUACCCAAGACAUGUACGGAGUGCUGUGCGGCGGGGAUAUACACGAGUGCAUAUCUCUUACCGACCCUAGCCUCGAUCUUUGAGUCGGCCGUUCCCCCUCCACUAGCCGGUCAAGGAUCCUCAGGAAUGGAAGGACGGACGAUUCAUAGUCCUAUUCCACUCGAAAGACUUCCUGAUUUCGCCAGCACUUUUGGUCGUCAAUUCUACCAGUUACCUAUCCCCGUCAAUCCUAGAACUGUCACCUUGAUCAGGGACCCUUCCGCUUCUAUCCUACAGAGCUUCGAACAUCAUUAUCCUCACACUUCCUCUGAUAAUGACAGUUCGUCAAUCUCGUCUGCACUCUCUCAGUCUCAGAAAAAAAGUGUCUCUCUCGUCCCUUUUUGGGCCGGUAGAUUUGUCGGUUGGAAAAUCAAGUAA